GUCGUUUCACCCUCUCAGAGCUUCAGCUUCCUCAUCUGAAAACCAGGAAGAAUUGCACCUACUUCAGAAGCUUGUUCUGAGAACCCAGUGAGCUAAUGCUCAUUAAGAACCUGGCACGAAGCCCGGCACCUCAUGGGAGAGCCUAAACUAUGUCGCCACUUGCAGCGAAGUGCCCUGGCAGUGAACCAGAGGCCAGCUGGCCCAGGAAGUGGAGGCAGCUGUGGUUUCGGGCCACUGAGCCGGAUUGCCGCGGGAAGCACCCACAGACAGGUAAUGGCUGCCAUGGGGGACGGUGGGCCUCUUCCCCAGCUUUUAGUGUCAUCCGGCCGGGCCGGAACCCUGUGCUUCGGGAGCAUUUGGUGAUCUGUAAGCAGAGCACCUGCACCCCCCACCCCCGCUUUCCUGGGUUUCGGGGAGCGAACCCACCCCGGAUGGGGGAGCGCCGGCGCACGACCCCGCCCGCAGAGCUGCGCUGGGAGCCACCGGGCUCCGCAUUCAUCAUUGUUCCUCCAGCGCCUGGCACGGGUUGGGGCACAGGCAGGGAUGGUGGCCUGAAGCGCGCCGUCCCUUCCGCGUCGCCCGCCUGCCAACCUCUCACCCCCAGGUGUUUCCACGGCGCUUUCAAGGGCCAGACCCUGACCGGGGCGCUGGCGACGCGAGAGGGACAGAAGUCCAAGCCCUGCCCGCUGCGCGCUGGGCGGGCAACAGCCAGCGGGCGCAGGAGGCACCGGGCGGCGGAGGGACCUGCGCGCGCCCCCGCCUCGCGCCGCGCGCCUCUGACGGCGCCCCCGGCCCCGCCCCCGGCCUCCGCCUCCCGCUUCCCCCCUCCCCUCGACGCGGCCGCGCUCCGGUCGGCCGGCUCUAUGGGGAAAGCGGCCGCUCUGUGCAGAGGCGGCGGCUUCGGUGGCCGCUCCCGUGGGCUCUCGUCGCUGUUCACGGUUGUCCCCUGCCUGUCCUGCCACACGGCGGCGCCGAGCAUGAGCGCUUCCACACCCGGCUCCGGGCCGGAGCCCAAGCCUCAGCCCCAGCCAGUGCCCGAGCCUGUGCCUGAGCCGGUGUCAGAACAGGUGUCACAGCCAGCUUCUGAGCCGGUGCCAAGAUCGGAGCCUGAGUCCGAGAAGACGUCUGAGCCAAGGCCAGGGUCCAAAGAGGAAUCGGAACUGCUGCAGGGGUUGGGGACGGGGUCAGGGCCACGGCAAGAGUUGCGCUCAAGUGUAGGUGCUGGGCCACUCACAAAGGGCUCAUCCGAGCAGCUACCAGCGCUGGAGCCAACAGUGGGGCGCGUGUCCUUGACCAAAUCUGAGCCAAAGCCUCUGCCUCUUCUGCGACCGGGACACGUGAGGACGUCUCUUGGGGCUCCAAUGUCAGGGGCUGCUAGGACCUCCACUGCCCCCACGGUCGAACUGCCUCUGGACAGCUUGAAGGGCUGGCUCCUCAAGUGGACCAACUACCUGAAGGGCUACCAGCGCCGCUGGUUCGUGCUCAGCAAUGGCCUGCUGUCUUAUUACAGAAAUCAGGAUGAAAUGGCCCACACCUGCCGUGGCACCAUCAACCUGUGCACCGCGCACUUUGACAAGGAGGACUCUUGCGGUAUCAUGCUGACCAAUGGGGCAAGGACCUACCACCUCAAGGCCAGCUCAGAGGUGGAGCGGCAGCACUGGAUCACCACUCUGGAGCUGGCCAAGGCCAAGGCUGUUCACCUGAUGAGCAGCCACUCAGAUGACUCUGGGGACGACGACGAGACUACCUCCCCAACUGACAAGAGCGAGCUACACUACACCAUCAAGGACCUCUCCUUGAAGUUGGACGACCUCGGCACGUGCAAUGACCUCAUCGCCAAGCAUGGUGCGGCGCUCCAGCGCUCCUUGAGCGAGCUGGAAGGCCUCAAAAUCCCAUACGAGAGCAGUGAGAAGCUGAAGGCUGUGAACGAGCGGGCCACCCUCUUCCGCAUUACAUCGAAUGCUAUGAUCAACGCCUGCAGGGACUUCCUGGAACUAGCAGAGACACACAGCCGAAAAUGGCAGCGUGCACUGCAGUAUGAGCAAGAGCAGCGCAUCCACUUGGAGGAGACCAUCGAGCAGCUAGCCAAGCAGCACAACAGCCUCGAGCGGGCCUUCCGCGGCGCCCCUGGCCGGGCCAGCAACCCCACCAAGAGCUUCAGCGAAGGAAGCUUUUUGACUCCCAAAGGAGAGGACAGUGAGGAAGAUGAAGAUACAGAGUACUUCGAUGCCAUGGAAGACUCCACAUCCUUCAUCACGGUGAUCACCGAGGCCAAGGAGGACAGAAAAGCUGAGGGUGGGACCACAGGCUCUGUGGAGUGGACCUCAACAGACAAUGUGCUAGACAACACCUCACUUGUGCCCAAGGGCACCCCAAAAGUCAAGAGGCGUGUCCGCAUCCCUGACAAGCCCAACUACAGCCUUAAUCUCUGGAGCAUCAUGAAGAACUGCAUUGGCCGGGAGCUCUCCAAGAUCCCCAUGCCGGUCAACUUUAACGAGCCCCUGUCCAUGCUCCAGCGGCUGACGGAGGACCUGGAGUACCACCACCUGCUGGACAAGGCGGUGCACUGCACCAGCUCGGUGGAGCAGAUGUGCCUGGUGGCCGCCUUCUCCGUGUCCUCCUACUCCACCACCGUGCACCGCAUCGCCAAGCCCUUCAACCCCAUGCUGGGGGAGACCUUUGAGCUCGACCGCCUCGAUGACAUGGGCCUGCGCUCUCUCUGCGAGCAGGUGAGCCACCACCCACCAUCAGCUGCGCACCACGUGUUCUCCAAGCACGGCUGGAGCCUCUGGCAGGAGAUCACCAUCUCCAGCAAGUUCCGGGGGAAAUACCUCUCCAUCAUGCCACUAGGUGCCAUCCACUUAGAAUUCCAGGCCAGUGGGAAUCACUACGUGUGGAGGAAGAGCACUUCGACGGUGCAUAACAUCAUCGUGGGCAAGCUCUGGAUCGACCAGACAGGGGACAUUGAGAUUGUGAACCACAAGACCAAGGACCAGUGCCAGCUGAAGUUCUUGCCCUAUAGCUACUUCUCCAAAGAGGUACACCGGAAGGUGUCGGGAGUGGUGAGUGAUAGCCAGGGCAAGGCCCAAUAUGUGCUGUCAGGCUCGUGGGAUGAACAGAUGGAGUGCGCCAAGAUCGUGCAGAGCAGCCCCAGCAGCCCCAGCUCCGACGGGAAGCAGAAGACAGUGUACCAGACGCUGCCAGCCAAGCUGCUGUGGAAGAAGUACCCGCUGCCGGAGAACGCCGAGAACAUGUACUACUUCUCGGAGCUGGCCCUGACCCUCAACGAGCACGAGGAGGGCGUGGCGCCCACCGACAGCCGCCUGCGGCCCGACCAGCGGCUGAUGGAGAAGGGGCACUGGGACGAAGCCAACACGGAGAAGCAGCGGCUGGAGGAGAAGCAGCGCGCGUCGCGGCGCCGGCGGCUGGAGGCCUGCGCGCGGGGCUGCGGCUCCGAGGACGCAGAGAAGGAGACGGACGUGUACAUGCCGCUGUGGUUCGAGAAGAGAGUGGACCCGCACACCGGGGAGAUGGCCUGCAUCUACAAGGGCGGCUACUGGGAGGCCAAGGAGCGGCAGGACUGGCACAUGUGCCCCAACAUCUUCUGAGCACUACCCCCCCAACACAUCCCCCCCCCCAAAUACAGGCGCCCGCACGGCCCGGGCCACCUUUUCUUUAAUACGCUCAAUUUAGUACUCACCGCCCCCCCACCUCCACACCGUUUUCUUUUCCUCUUUUUUUUAUAACACUGUUUUGGAGCGCCCAUCUUGAAGGAGGAACUGGUGCCCCGGGUUCUCUCCAGCCCAGGCGCCCCAGGUCUCCGGCACCCCUUCUUUCUGGAUUUGGGCCCCAUAGGGACCCAGCUCCCAGUCACCCCAACUCAGGCAGGCUGGCCCGGCCCUGGGCCGCCCCAGUCACCAGCCCCCCCAGGGAGGAACCGGCCCCUCCUAGGGAGCCACUUUUGACUUUUUUAGAAAAACAAUCUCCAUUUCUUUUCAGCCAAGAUGUUUAGUAAAUAUUUUUAGUACGGCACUUAGCAGACAACUUUCUAAGUGUGCUUUCUUGCCACAAAAAUGUCCUGGCAAGAGCCCCUUCUUUUUAAGACAUCAGGAAGGCCCCCUUGAGUCGGGAGCAUUUUGUAGCGCAACAUAGCAAGGCCGCCCCCCAGAGCCCAGGGGCCCAGAGAGAAGGGAACUGGAGAGCCCUUCCCAGGAGAGCACAAGUCAGCUGUCUCUGGGCUGCAGCCCCUCCCUCCGUGGGGCUGGGGGCGCUGAGGGGCCUCCAGGUGGAUCUGAGGGCAACAGCCCCUUGGCUUGCCUGGGCCAUGCGGGCCCUCCCUGGCCCCAAAGAGGCCAGGAAGGGCUGGGGGCAGGGCCUGCAGGUGCUCCCGGCCCAGAACCAGGCCCUACAUCAGCAAUAAGAACAAACCCUCAGCUCAGCCUGGGCUGGCGCCUGGGCCACCAGAGACCCAGCGGCCCGCCCCACCCUCAGGCGCCACUGGGAUGCCCAUCUCAGUGCCCCCUGAACUCUUUAUCCGCCUGAUUUAUAUAUAUGAUAUAUAAAUAUAUAUAAAAUAGCUAUUUUGCUUAAAUUUCUAUGGUAUGUGGAAGUGAAAAAAUGAUGAAGACAGGGCACUCCUGUCUGAGUUUGGUCCUCCUGUCAGCUGUGUCCUCCCCUCUCCUUGAACCCCCUUCCAAUGGCUUCUGCCAGUGGUGGGGAGACUGGGCCAUUGUGACCACCGUCUCAGCCUCCCAGAACCCUCACUCCAACACUUCCCACUUCAGUUUGGUCCUGAAAAUUCAUCACAGGGUUUUUUCUUUCUACUCCAGGACUGGAUUUGUUUUUAUAAAAAAACAAAAGAAGUGAAAACAUCAAUGUAUGACAUGCCUUAGGGUGCCCACUCAGGAGUCAGGGUGGGCGGGGUGCCCCCCACCCCGGGCGGGCCUGCGGCUGCGCAGUGAAAUGUACCUCUUCUCAACGCUGUUUGUGAGCGAGCACCUGCUGACCGGUAAUAAAAACCUUGGAUUUGGAGUUUU